UUUUUUUUAAUAUGAAUACUUCUAAAGUUUUUGCCGUUUUCUUUGUCCUUUUCUUCGUUUUAAUCUCUUCCACAAAUGCUCAUUUUAGUAUUAUAAGCCCUCCAUUUAGAGGACGUAUAGGGGCUAAUAUGAUACAAUCUCCUUGCGGCGGCUUUAAUGAUGUAAACACCACUGCUAUAACGGAAUUUCCUCUUACAGAUGGUCAAGUAACUACCAGAUUCGGAGAUGGUAAUGGUUUUAUGAUUAUCAACUAUGCUCCCACUUCCAAUGAUACUUUCCAACCUGUUUCAGAGAAUUUCACAGUUUUUGUUGCCGAAGGUGCUGAGGCAAAAUAUUUUGCUAUAAAAGUUGACCUCUCUAAAGCUGGUGCCAAAGUUGGAGAUCAAGGAGUACUUCAAGGUUUUUACUCGGGAGCGACCAAUACGUUGUAUGGAUGUGCUGAUAUCAAAGUUGUAAAUUUUGAAGUUAUAGGUGGUGCUGCUAAAAGUGAUAAUAAAUCCAGUGGAGCUUCUAUUAUUAGUACCUUUGAAGUCGUUUUCUUCACGACCAUUUUAGCUACUUUUAUCAUUGCUCUUUGAUUAUAAGACUUUUUUUGUAUAUUUAUUUAUUUGUAUAAUUAUACUCCAAUCAUUUUUUUUUAUUCAUUUUUUACUUGGCCGGCCGGCCCCUUUCUUACGUAUUACUUUAAAAAAAUAUAAUAAAGUUUUUA